GGUGUGGACACUGUCAACGUCUGCAGCCAACAUGGAAUGAUCUGGCAGACAAAUACAACAGCAUGGAAACUCCACAAGUCUAUGUUGUUAAAGUAGACUGUACUAAAGAUACUCCCGUGUGCUCUGAAUUUGAUGUCCGAGGAUACCCCACCCUAAAGCUGCUUCAGCCAGGUCAAGAACCUCUGAAAUACCAGGGGCCUAGAGACUUCCAGACGCUGGAAAACUGGAUGCUGCAGAAACUAAAUGAGGAACCAGUUGAACAAGAAUCUGACCUGGAACCACCAAAAGGCCCUGAACCUAAACAAGGACUGUAUGAACUCUCAGCAGGCAACUUCAAGAUGCAUGUAGCAGAAGGGAAUCACUUUAUCAAGUUCUUUGCCCCUUGGUGUGGCCAUUGCAAGGCCUUGGCCCCAACCUGGGAACAGCUGGCGUCAGUCUUUGAACAUUCUGACAUUGUCAAAGUUGGCAAGGUUGAUUGUACUCAGCAUUCUGAAGUCUGCUCUGAGAACCAAGUUCGAGGAUAUCCCACCCUCCUCUGGUUUACGAAUGGUGAAAAGGCUGACCAGUAUAAAGGAAAGAGAGAUUUGGAUUCCUUAAAGGAAUAUGUAGAUUCCCAACUACAGAACUCCAAGAAGGCACCAGCUGCUGAUAAACCACCUGAAGGUCCACAGCAGCCUCCAGGACCCAUCCACGUUGAUUCUACAGUCCUGUCUCUCUCUGAAAAAGACUUUGACCAAACUGUUGCAAAGGGGGUCACCUUUAUUAAGUUCUACGCUCCGUGGUGUGGUCACUGUAAGAACUUGGCUCCAACUUGGGAGAACCUCUCCAAAGAGCAAUUUCCAGGUUUGAAUGAUGUUAAAAUAGCCAAAGUAGACUGCACUGCUGAACAGAACGUCUGCAGCAGAUUUUCUGUACGUGGCUAUCCAACACUUUUGCUCUUCCGAGGUGGACAGAAAGUCAGCGAACACAAUGGAGCCAGAGAUCUUAAAUCGCUGCAUAAUUUUGUCUUGCGGCAGGCAAGAGAUGAAUUGUAAAACACGUUUGGAUACUUAUGCCUUGGCUGUUCUUGUACAGUAGCUGUGGGAGUUAAAUCACAUCCAUAGUACUGAUUUGCGAAGUGUUUUUUUUGGAAAACCAAAUGUACUGAACUGUGGUAUCUUCCGUGUGUGUGUGUGUGUGUGUGUGUUAAAACCACUGUACUGACUCUUGUGAUGCUUGUUGAGGAAAACUCGUAACAAAUAGUUACUGUCCAAUUGGAUAAUAUGUUUAGCAUCAGUUGUAUUAGUGCGUUUCUGUCUUCCUGUGAAGUGUAAAUGGUUUGCUUUGAGACUAAAAUAGAUGAGGAAAAUCAGAUUAAGGGAACUGGUAGAUUAUUUUUGUCUUCAGGUUGGAUUUGGCUAAAAACUUGCUACCCAAGUACCCCUUACAAACUGCCCACCGUUACUAGAAAGGUGAAAGCCACAGCUAUAUUAACAAACAUUGCCUUUUCAACUGAAGCUAAAAACUUCAUUUGUCUUAAUAUAGCUGCUGAUUAAGAAAUGGAAAGUAAUAGGAGGUUGAGAAAGAAAACACACACACACACACACACACACACACUCACACUUGGAAGAUACCAGGCCAUUAUUACCUUCUCAUUUCCUGGUAAUAUUCUCUCAUCCUGGGAGGUCUAGCCAUAAUGAAAGUAAUGGUACUUUUAAUACGUGCCUGAAUAUUACGGUUGCCAUAGUGUACGUGUACAUCAGGUGGAUUUUUAUAACUGUUCAAGCAGGAUACUCCUGUUCAGCUGGAGACUUGAGUUUAUGCUCUUUUUACAUGUAGCUAAAAUGAAUGAACUAUUGUAACUAACUUCCUUAGGAUGAAUAGAUCAGUUAGAGCUGAUGACAUCUCCUAGAAAAGCAGAAAUGCAUUUAGAAACAGUUCUGGUUUCUGUACCAUAUUUGUUAAACUCACCUGCCCCAAGAUCUUGAAUUCAUCUCCCCUCCUGCUGCUUAUUUUUUACUACUUAAUGUAGUGGAACAAUGCUUUAGUUUUUGAGCAGUUGUCUCACAGUAACGAGAAGCAGAACUUGUCUACAACAUUUUUCCAGUUCCUUUUGAGCCUUAAGCAUCUCUUCCAAAAUGUCAUUGUUGCUUCAUAUAUGAAUGUUACGGUCUUUCCCGUUGUGUUGCCUUGAAUGAAAUUACUGAUGUAAGAUGUUCCAUAUGUUAGACAUAAGCCAAAGAAUUUACAAUGCAGGAAAAAGGUGCAGCUGCAAAUCAAGGGCUAAAUGCUGCCCUCCCAUAUGUACAGAAACUCAGUUACAGGUGUCUACCGGCAACGCUUGACUAAGUCAAGACACUCUUUGUGUCCAUCGUAUGGAGCAGUGAAAGUCACCUUUUUAAUCGCUAAAUUACUCCUUUGACUUCACCUUAUGCUAUCUGUCAAGAGUGAAAAAUGUACGGGUGGAAAGUUUACAAUAAGAGCUCAGUCUUAUAUGGCAGAUGUAUUCGAUCAGAGUGUACGCUUCUGUCUUAAAAGGAAGCCUUUAUUAACCAUAUUAAACAAAACAACAUUUCUAGUGAAGCACAAUCUCAUGAGUGGCCCAACCUUUGCCUCAUGAGUUUCUUGUAUAAAAUCAAAGUGGUACAAUUGUUUACACUGAGAUUUUCUAAAUAAAAACUUUUUU